AGCUUGCAAAAUCGGAAGUGUUGUUUGAGAGCUUUUCUCGUCAAUUAUGAAAUAUAGUUGCUUUUUUCUUGUUUUAACACAGCUCCGAUAGAAACAGCUUCUUGUGAAGCUUUUACAAAACCACCGCCGCUUUCAAUGUGUACACCGGCUACAUGGAAUAAAAAUGGUAUUACAGUUGCAGGCGUUAAUGGUAUUAAUGGAUCAUUCGCUACUCAUCUUUUUCAACCACAAGGAAUCUUUAUUGAUCAGUUUGAUAAUCUCUAUGUAGCAGAUUCGGAAAAUGAUCGUAUACAAAAGUUUGUGCAAGGUUCAAAUGUGGGCGUUACAGUUGCUGGUGGAAAUGGACGUGGGAGUCGGACUGACCAACUUUCAUUGCCAACUGAUGUUUUUGUUAAUUCUGUCGGUGAUAUAAUUGUUGCUGAUUAUUACAAUAAUCGAACACAAAGAUGGUCUGUGGAUGGUGCACAGUAUAUAACUACCAUUGAUCAGUCAUCGUCAUCACGUCCUGACGAUGUUUUUGGUAAUAAACAAGGUGACAUUUACGUAUCAACAUUUGGCAGUGGUAGAAUAGUUAAAUAUUCGUCAAUGAAUUCAAAAAUUGUUGCUACCGAUCUGGUCUAUCCUACAGGUAUUGUUGUCGAUCAGUGUGACACUGUUUACAUAGCAGAUCAUACUCAGCAUUAUGUUAAAAAAUUUACUAACCAGAGUCUCAUUGGAACAACCAUACUCGGUGUUAAAAAUGAAUCUGGAACAGAUUCCCUACAUCUUAAUUAUCCAACAGAUAUUACACUAGAUUUAUAUGGUAAUUUAUACAUUGCUGAACGGUUAAAUCAUCGUAUUCAGCGUGUGAAUGUAAGAGAUAACACAGUAGACACAAUACUUGGUAGUGCACAAGGUAUAGCGGGUAAUGAUAGUAAACAUUUGAAUUGUGCAGAAGGUAUCGCAUUUGAUUCACAAUGGAAUUUAUAUGUGAGUGACUGCAAGAAUCAUCGUAUACAAAAGUUUUUAUUUGAAAGCGGAAAACUUUAUUGUUAG